AUUGAACCAUGAACUUUCCUCUAACGGCGGCGGCGGUUUUGGCUGCCACUUUUUUAGUCCUCGUUUUUAUUCACAACAUAUUUUUCCGGCGUAGCAAAAAUGCUGUUCCAAAAGUGCCGGCAGCCGGCUUCGCCUUGCCUAUAAUCGGCCAUUUCCACCUCCUCGCCUCAAAUGAGCGGCCAGCCCACAGAAUCUUGGCGGACAUGGCCGACAAAUACGGCCCUAUAUUCCGGCUGAGGCUCGGCGCCCGCGAGCUCGUGGUGGUGAGCGACUCGCGGAUCGCUAAAGAAUGCCUCACCGUCCACGACGCCGCCCUCUCGGGCCGGCCAAAGGCGAUUUCCUCGGAGCACUUCGGCUCCAACUACGCCAGCUUUGCGCUCGCCCCGGCCGGCCCGCUCUGGCGGGAAAUCCGCAAGGUCGUUGUGCUGGAGCUGCUGUCCAACCGCUGUUCUGACGCGCUCAGGCGCGUCAGGGAAUCGGCAUCGGAAAAAUUCGUACACGACAUCUUCCGGGCCUGGUUGACGGCCCGGAAGAAAGAUCUGUCCGAAUCCGAUGACGUUUUUGUGACACUUGACAUGAAGGAGUGGUACUGGAAAUUAGUGAUGGGCGUAUUGUUCGGGAUACUCUUCGGGGAGAUGCACGAGGAAGAUUGGAGCGGGGCAGUGGCGACCGUGAAGAAAUUCUUUAGCCUUAUGGGUGCCCAGGUUGUGGGUGAUUACCUGCCAUGGCUGAGAUGGAUGGACAUAGGAGGUUAUGAGAAGGAGAUGAAGGGGGCUGCCAAGGAGAUGGACAAUCUUAUGGAGAGGCUGCUUCAGAAACACAAGAGUGAAAAAGGGGUGAAAUCUAAGGAGGAAGAGGACUUCAUGGAUACAUUGCUUUGCCAUUUUGAUUGUGGAAAAGAAACUGUGAAUGGUUUUGAUGCUGAUACACUUGUCAAAGCAACUUGCACGUAUUGAACAAUGACAGUGUGCUAGAGAAGAUCCAAGGUGAGCUUGAUAUGCAUGUUGGGAAAGAAAGGCUUGUCAACCACUCUGAUCUAAACAACUUGACUUAUCUUCAGGCUGUGAUUAAAGAAACAUUCCGACUGCAUCCACCAGCACCCGCCUUGUUACCCCAUGAAGCUAUACAAGAUUGCAUGAUCAGCGACUACCGCAUCGUGAAGGGCACGCGGUUAUUGAUAAAUGUGUCAAAGAUUCAUCGCGAUCCAAAUUCUUGGCCAGAUCCUGAGGCAUUUGAACCAGAUAGGUUCUUGACAAAUGAGCACAAAGAAGUGGAUGUGAGAGGGAAGCACUUUGAACUAAUCCCUUUUGGAAGUGGAAGGAGAGUGUGUCCUGCAGUUUCUUUUGGACUUGAAAGUGUGCAAUUGGGUUUAGCCAACGUUAUUCAUGGGUUUAAUGUGAGAAGGCCUUCAGAUGAGCCGAUUGACAUGACGGAAUACGGUGGCCUAUCUGGUGGAAAGGCAACUCCAUUGCAAGUUCUCGUCACCCCACGAUUACCUUCUCAUAUCUACCUUAAUUUGAAACAUGUAACUUGAUAAAUCAAAAGUUUGUGUAUUACUUUUACACCGUGGGGUCAGGGAGAGGAGGGCUAGGGAAACCCCGAAUUUCGAACCCGAGACCUCUCGUAUGGGAGAGAGGAAGCAGCGAUUAGCUGAGUUGGACCGUUUUUUUUCAAAAGUGUUUGUAACUUGAUUUAUAAGUUAACUAGAAAUAAAAUCCGAUUUAAUAUGUAAUUAAAGUUUAUUUGUGAAUGAUAUGGUGUAUACCAUGAUGUAUUAACUUGAUUUAUAAGUUAACUAGAAAUGAAACCCGAUUUAAUAUGUAAUUAAAGCUAAUUCGUGAAAAUUAGGCCUUCCUCUGUUUUUUUAAUUGCAACACUUUCA